AACAACCAUUAAACGACCAUUACCCUUGCCUAGCCGAAGAAGGAUUAGGACCAACAUUUCCUCUCCACGAUACUGAAAGAUGUCGUCACUCAACGUCCGAAUCGUCUCGGAAGAAACCAUCAAGCCGUCGUCCCCGACGCCACCGCACCUCAGAAUCCACAAGCUUUCGUGCAUGGACCAAGCCUCCCCUCCUCGCUACAUGCCCGCACUCUUCUCCUACCCCACGAACCACGACUCAUCACAAACCUCUUCCCAAACCGAAGUUCUCGAGAAGCUCAGAUCCUCCCUCUCAACCACACUCAACCACUACUACCCUUUCGCCGGUAGGUUCCGCGACGACGGCGUCUCCGUCGAGUGCAACGGCCACGGCGUCCCUUUCGUCGUGGCCAGCGUGGAAGGCGACAACGCUGAUAUGUCAUCUGUGCUGGAAUCGCCCGACGAAGACCGCCUGGUCCAGCUGAUUCCCUGCCAUCCCCAGCAGAGGCUGACGGACACCAACGGAGAGUUGUUCCUUCUGGCCGUGCGGGUCAAUUUUUUCAAGUGUGGCGGGAUAGCCGUUGCGAUCUGCGCCUGGCACGGCGUGGCUGACGCGUCGAGCCUCUGCUGUUUCGCCCAGGCCUGGGCCGCCAUCUGUCGCGGGGACCCUAGGGUGUACGGCCUCCUCAAGGGUGCUGUAGUGGACUGCAGCUCCCUCUUCCCUCCACAGGACUCCCUGUCUCGCGGAGCAAUGUUAAAUUACCACAAGCAACCAUCUGACUCGAACAACAGUUCGAGUCAGACAGCUGCUGUUAGUGUUGCUGCAGCAACCAGCAUGGUGAUAGUGAAGCGGUUCGUUUUCCCUGGCUCUAAAAUCACAGCCCUCAGGGAAAGGAUCAUGAUCAGCAGUGGCAGUCGUCGGCUGACACGUGUUGAGGCUAUCUCUUCCCUCUUCUGGACAGCCACCAUUCGGGUGGCUGAACAGAAGAGAAAGGAGAAGAAAGAGGAGGGGCAUCGAUUUCAUUCCGCGGUGAUGGUGGUGAACAUACGAACGAGGACAAGCCCACCGUUGCCGGAUGUGUGCAUGGGGAACCUGAUCCAGCCGACGGUGGCAGUGAAAUGGCCGAUGAAUGACAGUGGCAAGAAGGCGACAUUGGCUGGGGAGGAUGAGGAGACGUUGUUAUUAGGUGGCUUGGCGCGAAAAUUGGGAGAUGCGGUAAGGACAGUCAACCCAGAGCAUUUGAAGCAGCUACACGAGAAUGAUUCAGAGGGUUAUCUAGCCCUGACAAAAUCGUUUGCGGAAGAGUAUGCAAAAGAAGACUUCAUCAUGAUAAGCAGCUCUUGUAGGUAUCCGUUCUACCAAACCGAUUUCGGGUUUGGGAGGCCCAGUUCGGUCCAAGGGUUUUCUAGGAGUAAUAAGACGGUGGUGUUGUUGGAUGCUAGGGACGGUGAAGGGAUUGAGGCGUGGGUUACGUUGGAUAAGGACGAUAUGUCCAUGCUCGAGAAGGAUCCCUCGAUUCUUCAUUAUGCUAGCUAGUUAAUUCUCAUAAUAAUUGUUUUCUGAAUGUACAAGUUUGCAAAGUUUUUCUUCUGUUUAAGAAUGAAUGUGGUGCGGUAUGCGGACGACGUAUGUUGUUGUAUAUCGAGCCCAUAAGUUACCUGGGCAAUGGGGUAUACAAAUUUGACAAAGGCGGGUCCGACACAAAAAUAUAACACAUCUUUUAUAAAUGUUUUCAGUCAUGAUCAUGACCUGCUUUCAUAUUUUCAAAACAUUAUAAAAUACAUCCAUCCUCCAAAUUAUCUAGGACGUCACUCUCAAUAUAUCUUACAAAAAUAUUUUACAAACUUUUUCUGAUGUUUAAUAAAGAAAGUAGUGUGCUAUGCAAAUAUUGUAUGUUAGUAGUCACUCAAUUAAGUAGGGUCUGGCUACAAAUAAAAUAUAUAAAACAAAAUUUAUUAAUUUUUUACAGAGACCCACAACUUGUUUUCAUAUUUCAAAAAUAUUUUAAUAUAUGUUCAUCAACCAAACUAACUAACAUAUCACUCUCAAUAUGUCCUACCAAUAAAUCAUCUAAACUAUUUGGACAAGUUGAGAUUAGACUAGCAGUUAUACUUAUGGUUUUAGAGAAUAGCAUUUACUAUCACUACAAAACAAAACACAUACCGCAGGGGAUUUUUUCAGUUUUAGUGACGGAAAAAACCGUUGCUAACUCCCGCCAACGGUUUUAGUAACAGCAGCAAAACCGCCGCAACUAUAAUCGCCGCAAGUUUACGACAAGGGUUAUCCUAACCGCUGGUGAAUGUUUUUACAGCGGUGUUUGUGACGGUUUUUACUGUCGCUAUUGAUAUUUUUUCCCUCUCAAAUAUGAAAUUUUAAAGAAAUGGCGGAUGCUUUUGCGACGGCAUUGAAACCUCUGCUACAGGCCACUCUAAUCUCACUUUUCAGAGCACCACCUACAAGCCUCUAGUAACGACUUUUAGCAACCAUUUUUAAUGACUAUUUUUAGCAUUGUCAUUAAAACAUUUAUUACUAUAACCUGUUGCAGCAUUUCAAAUUUUUGACAAAUGUCAACAACCCCUGCAACCUGCCGCAAUAUUUCAAUUUUCAAGACAUCUAUCAGUACUUUCAAAGUGUACAUUACUUCACUAGAUAUUAGUAUAUAUGAGGGUGGCUGAGUGUGAGAAGAGACAUUGAUGAGGCAAAAAUCUACAUGUCUUGAGCCAAUAGAACUCAUAGAGAUGUAUUUACGUAUAUUUACUUACUUUGAUCAGCCCCGUGUAGCACUUUGGCUUAAUGAAGAUGGUGCAUGGAAUGAACCCUCAAUUGGCUCCUUCUCCCUACAAAGAUGUUGCAAGAUAAAUGCCUUCAGUGUAUCUACUUCCAUUUGCAGUUGUUCCACCCCACUUCCCAACCGAACCACUUUACUUUUCAAUUCUACCACCUCACUUUUCAGUUCCACCACUUCACUUCUCAGUUCAACCACUUCAAUACCUAGAGCGACUACCUCAUUAGAGUACAAUGUCGUGGUAGAAUUUGUUGAAGCUGAGGAAGUAGAAGGCCCAAAAUAGGUCGAUGGGGUUGGUCCCAAGACAACACAACGAACCCUCCCAGGAUGCUCGAGACCAAGUAGCUUCGGAAAGAUCUGUUCAUUACCAGCAGACCCUUCCUGUCAAAGAGUAUGCGCCUUUUCCUGCGCAAAAUUAGUAAUCAAGUAUAAAACAAAAUUAGUAAUACACAAAUUUAUUAUCAAGCUUAAUAUGACAAAUGAAGUUAUAGAAAGAUA